UUAUUUUUAUUUUUUGGCUGUACUUUCACUGCUGGGUUUGAUCCCUGGUUGGGGAACUAAGAUCCUGCAAGCCUUGCUGCUCUGCCGAAAGAAAAGCAUGUUGGAGAAAGCCUACAUUUCUGUGAACAGAUUUGGUAGAAACCAGGGCUUUGAGAACUCUGCCAGUGAGAGUUCAGAAGAAAAGGAGGAACAUCUUAUUGGAAACUAGAAAAGGGGUAAAUCUUUGUUAAGUAUUGAUAGUAGUGGAAAGCUCAGCUAAAUUAUCCCCUGCAGUUAUGGGGGAAGCAGAAUUUUAAGAAAUGAACCUGGUUAUAUAGCUAAGGAGAUUUCUGAGCAAAGUGUUGGUGCGCAGAAAAUUCCUGUUUAAAAAGUUCCUAUUUAUGUUACAAUAACAUGUCAGAGGAAGGAGAUAAAGAGGGACCAGGGUUGGCUUAUAAAAAUUCUCAGACUCUCCAGAUGACAAAAAGCCAGGAGGAGACGGAAAGGCGAUGUCCUUUAGUUUUUUCAUCUUUCGGCUCCAUGUCCUUGUCCCAGGCUCUACCAUCCUGCCUCAACCUCACUGUGGGCGUUUGAAUCUUCUCCCCUUAAACUGCCAAACCAUGGAAAAGAGCUUACUCUGAGGCAACUCUGACUCAAUGGCUGUCUCAUUUCCUCCAGAGCAGGGGAAGGGACCGCCCCUCCCAAAUUCCUCAUAGUAGUUUCUGGCUUAAACAAUAAUCCUGCUGGAUUUAUUUUAAUUGGACAUUUUAUUUUCCCUCCAGUGUUUCAGAUAAAAUUAACCUAUAGCAUAUGCAUUAAAGGUGGAGGACGUGAUGAUUUGACAUAUGUUUGUACUGAUAAAGGACUGCCAGUGUGACUGAAGGGACAUUUUAAAUGAGUGGCAGUUCAUACCAUAAAACCUGGAGGGGAGAAAAAAAAAUCACCCCAGUGAGAACCUUAUUUUUGUGUCAUUAUUGCCGAUUUUCUCCCUAAAUAUGUAAUUUUUUUUUCUUGCCCCACGGUCCUUAUCAGGGAAAACGCCUAGUCCACUGGACCGCCAGGGGAUUCCUUAAUGCUCCGUGUUUUUUUGACAUGGCUACCAAUUCAGUUUUAAUUAUUUAUCACGUUCCCCCACUUAACAUAUAUAUGGCUAAAUUUUCCCAAGCUGCUAGUCACUUUUAACUUCUCCGUAGUUUUCCAAAUACAGAUUAACCUUUUUUGCAUUUGGAUGAGGAAGAAACCAAAGCUCCGAAGCGGAGAGGCCCGCCUAGGAUCUGAAGUCCAAGCGGGUGGGUCCCGUCUAGACCUGGGCUACUGGCUGACUUGCUGUGGUAUCGGCUAUGCGGGAUACCAUAUGCUGGGGCUUUCGUUUUCUCCAAAUGUUCUUGCCCAGAUGGUGUUUUCCUGACGAGCUUAUCGCUGAGUGGUGCUCUGUGGUAGUUUCCACCCCACCCCUACUCUUUCUUGCGCUUUCGCGGUUCCAGUUUCUGUAAGGCGCCGCCCCAACUGCGGUCCAGAGCUGGAGUGAGGCGGGUGGUCUCUGACCUGUGUGCCGCAUCCCAGCCGUGCUGGGGGCCAAUCGGAACAGCUAAGGCGAUGCCCCGGGCCCCUGUCCUCUUGCAUUUCUUCCUGGCAUUCCUGCCAGAGACACAAACCCGAUCACACUCUCUGCAGUAUUUCUACUCAGUUGUGUCUGAACCGGGCCCAGGAGUCCCUUCAUUUAUGGCUUUUGGCUUCGUGGACAACCAGCCCUUCAUUCGCUAUGACAGUGAAGAGAUGAAGGCAAAGUCUUGUGUUCACUGGUUGAGGGAGGAGCCAAGUUACUUUGAUGAUGAGACCAAGAUCUUCACAAGUCGGAUGAAGAUUUUCCACUUAAGUCUGAGGAAUGUGCAGCGAUAUUACAACCAAACCAAGGAGGAUGGUCUGAACAGAGCGCUGGCACAAAAGCAAGCAAGUCCCCACACCCUCCAGUUCACCUACGGUUGUGAGCUCCUGGAGGACGGCAGGACCACGUGGCACUGGCAGUAUGGCUAUGACGGUGAGGACUACCUGAGCUUGCAUAUGGACCCUCUGCAGUACACAGCAGCCACAUUCAUUGCUCAGUACACCAAACAAAAAUGGGAGGCCGGUGGGAACUACGAAGAGAGAGACAAGAACUACUUGGAGAAGGAGUGUAUCCUGUGGUUGUGGAGAUACUUGACGUUUGGAGGGGAGACCUUGAACCGCACUGAGCCCCCCAAAACAUACAUAACUCAUCACCACAUCUCUGACCGUGAGGUCACCCUGAGGUGCUGGGCCCUGGGCUUCUACCCUGCGGAGAUCUCACUGACCUGGCAGCGCAAUGGGGAGGACCAGACCCAGGACAUGGAGCUUGUGGAGACCAGGCCUUCAGGAGAUGGAACCUUCCAGAAGUGGGCAGCCCUGGUGGUGCCUUCUGGAGAGGAGCAGAAAUACACGUGUCAUGUGCAGCACGAGGGGCUUCAGGAGCCCCUCACCCUGAGAUGGGAACCUCUGAAGAUCUCCGUUCCCAUCACAGGCAUCAUUGUUGGCCUGGUUCUCCUCGUGGUCAUUAGUGCUGUGAUCUGGAGGAAGAUGUGCUCAGGAUAUUAUCACUCUCCAAGUUGGAAAAAUAGAAUCUACUCUCAGACUGCAAUCUAAGAGAAUGGCUUUGUCUGGAACCGAGUGAUACAAGGGACUGAGUCAGCACAUUCAGGAACAAAAUUCGUGAUGUCAUUCUAAACUGAAUUACAUACAGGAACCACUGCUCUGUUGCUGGGCACAGUUACCUUUUUUACGACGACACCCCUGAUGCUGGACACUCAACUAUGUGACUAGAACUGCUAUCACUAUUGCUGUUGGCAACUGAAUGUCACUACUGCCACUCACCACCUUUGCCAAAAGCCUUGAGCACACACCCAGCAAAUAUGUGUCAUUAUGUCCUGAGUCACAACUCAGCAUGUGUCAUGUGACUAAGAGUUCCUCAUCUUUCCCAGCUGUAUAUUUGGGGAACUGAGUUUUCCUCUCUCUCAUGGAAGGAUGUAGUCUGUCUUUCAAGACUCUUUCAUAUUGCAGCUGAUAUCACAGAAAUACAAAGGAGUAUGAAAGACGACUAUGAAUGAUUAUACAGCAAACAAACUGGAGGAACUAGAAGAAGUGGAUGAACACAACCUACCAAGACAGAAUCAUGAAGAAACAGAGUAGCUGAACAGGUCAAUAACAGGUAAGAAGACUGAUUCAAUAAUCAAAAACCUCCCAGCGCAUGGGAAAGCUUGACAGCUUCAUGUAAAUCAAUGAAAUUAGAGCAUUCUCUCACAACAUAUGCAAAAAUAAAUUUAAAAUGAUUUAAAGAACUAA